ACGGAAGACGGAUCCACUCCAAGUCCGACACAAACGUCCGAUUCCUCUUUGUGGCACUGGCAACUCGCAAGCGAAUCCACUUCGAGUCCGAAACAAACGUCCACGGCAACCUAUAAAUCCAGCACCCGAUCCCCUCCGACGCAACACAUUACCCAUCAGCGCGAGAGAGAGAGGGACAAGAGAGGACGACGGCGAUGGCGCGGCGGGGCACGGAGUUGUUCCCGGAGCUGGGCGCGCACUGCGACGAGGCCGACUGCAACCAGCUGGACUUCCUCCCCUUCGAGUGCGACGGGUGCGGCGGGUUCUUCUGCGCGGCGCACCGCACGUACCGGGGCCACGGCUGCGCCAAGGCCGCCGACGACCAGGGCCGCACCGUCGUCGUCUGCCCGGACUGCGGCGACUCCAUCGAGCGGGCGGCGCCGGGGCAGGCCGAGCGGGAGAUCCUGGACGAGCACGCGCGGUCGGGCCGCUGCGACCCGGCGAGGAAGCGCAAGCCGGCGUGCCCCGUGCGCCGGUGCAGGGAGGCGCUCACCUUCUCCAACAGGAUCCGCUGCAAGGGGUGCGGCCUGGAGGUGUGCCUGAGGCACCGGUUCCCGCGGGACCAUGCCUGCGCAAAGGGGGCCCUCGCCGUGGGGCGGUGCGGCGGCCGCGACGCGCUGCGGGAGAAGGAAGGCGGCCGGCGGCCGCUGGCGGUGUCCGUCCGGAGCUUCAAGAUCUGUUGGCAACGGCUUUGGUGUAGCUGUGGCGUGUUACAACUUACAACUUAGUACAAAGCCAGGGUUCCUUCAUUGCAAAUUUCCAAGUGAAGUUUUUCAUGUAACUGUUCGCUGGAUGUAAAGUCUUCCAUGUAAUUGUGAGCUUCGUGUGUGAUGUUGUG